CUUAUUUAAUUUCUACUCUCCAUUAAAUUGGGCUGAAAAAGUUAAAAUGAAAGGCAUUUUAAGAUUCCACAUAGCAAUAAUAUUAUGUGGCAUGGAAAUUCAUGGAAUGGAAUGUAAAAUUGCUAAACAUAUUAAAUAAUUUCCUGCAAUGGAACACGCCAAACAAUGGGAGGUUGUUAAAUGUCAAAGUCAGUCAGCCAGUUUUUUAUUUAAAAACAAGGUCUGCGCGGCGUUGUCGAACGUUUCCCCAAGCUGUCGCAGCAGGAUCGUAAUGAAUUUAAUCUAAUUACUGCGUGCGUCCCCGAGCGCAGCGCCAGCGAGCCGCAGUGCACGUCCCCAGCUAGCGAGCAGCGCAUCAGGUUGGAGCCGACGGAGCGCGAGCCGCGGCCGGGAAGCCACGACAUGAAGCCUCAGGACGACUACAGGAACGGCGACGCGUACCCUACACAGUCAGCGUGUCAUUGUGUUCGUGUGUCGGGCGCAGACGGCGGCGGCUGCGGCAGCGCGUCGGGCUCGGAGGACAGCUCGGGCGCGGAGGGCGCGGACGAGCUGUCGCUGCGGGACGCGGCGGCGCCGGCGCGCGCGCUGCUGGCGCUCAACGCGCUGCGCAAGUCGCGCCAGCACUACGACGCCGUGCUCGUGGCCGACGGCGCCGAGGUGCCGGCGCACCGCGCGCUGCUGGCCGCCGCCUCGCCCUACCUGCUCGAGGCCUUCCAGGCGCCGCCGCCCGCCGGGCCCGCGCCCGCCGCGCUGCGCGUCGAGGGCGUCGACGCCGAGGCGCUGCGCACGCUCGUGGAGUACGCCUACACCGGCCGCGCGCGCGUGCGCGAGCCCGCCGCCGCGCGCCGCCUCUACCGCGCCGCCUGGCGCCUGCGCGUCGAGCCCGUGCGCGCGCACCUGGCCAGCCGCCUGGCGCGCCGGCCCGCGCCCGCCGACGCGCUGCUCACGCGCGCGCUGCCCGACCUCGAGCCGCACCUGCUGCGCGACCUCGACGCCUACAUCGCCGACCACUUCGACGAGAUCUGCGCGAGCGGCGCGCUGGCCGCGCUGCCCAAGAUCAACAUCGAGAUGCUGCGCGAGAGCAGCGCCGAGGGCGGCGAGGAGACGGCGCCGGCGGUGGCGGCCGCCGCGCUCACGUGGCUGCGCGAGCGCCAGGCCGCCGACCUCGACCUGGAGGAGCUGUGCUCGCGCACGCACCUGCUGUUCGUGGACGCGCGCGGCGCGCUGCGCGACUGCGGCGAGUUGCCGGCGUCGAGCGGCGAGGCGCCGGCGCUGGGCGAGUACCGGCGCGAGGCGGCGGAGCGCGCGCGCGGCGGCGCGCGCGAGCCCUCGGGCGGCGACCGGCUGGCGGCGCUGUCGCGGGCGCGGUGCGCGCUGGGCGCGGCGGCGCUGGGCGGGCGGCUGGUGGCGUGCGGCGGCUACGACCGCGCGCGCGUGCUGCGCGCCGCCGAGGCCUACGACCCCGCCACCAACACGUGGGCGCCGCUGCCCGACCUGCGCGGGCCGCGCGCGCGCUUCCCGGCCGCGCGCCUCGGCGACGCGCUGUUCGCGCUCGGCGGCAGCGACGGCCACGCCGACCUCGACUCCGUGCACGCGCUGGCCGCCGGCGCCUGGACCGUGCGCGCGCGCCUGCCGCUGGCCCGCACGCACGCCGCCGCCGCCGCCGACGAUGCGCGCCGCCGGCUCUACGUCAUCGGCGGCUGGGCCGGCGGGCUCAGCCUGCGCCGCGUCGACUGCUACGACCCCGACGCCGACGCCUGGUCUGACGCUCCACCCUUGAUCACUGGGCGGUCGCAGUGCGCGGGCGUGUACUGGGCCGGCGCGCUGUGGGCGCUGGGCGGCUGCGACGCGUGGCACUGCCUCGCCUCCACCGAGACGCUCUCGCUGGACGCGCCCAACGCCGUCUGGACGCCGGGGCCGGCGCUGCCGACGGCGCGGCGCUCGGUGGGCGGCGCGCAGUGGCGCGGGCGGCUGGUGUCGGCGGGCGGCUCCGACGGCGCCGCCUCGCUGCGCCGCACCGACUUCCUGCUGCCCGGCGCGGACGCGUGGUCGGCGGGCCCCUCGCUGCGGCGCGCGCGGGCGGCGCUGGGGCUGGCGGUGCUGGGCGGCGCGCUGUACGCGGUGGGCGGCUUCGACGGCAAGGAGUUCCUGGCCUGCGCGGAGACGCUGCGCGAGCCCGACGCCGAGUGGACCACGCUGUGGGCGCCGUCCGCGCCGCCCGCGGCCCUCGCGGCUCCCGACGAGCCCGGCGAGAACGGUACCGGCGACGGCGAGCCGGUGUACUGAUAGCGGGGUGCAGGCGGCGACCCCGCGCUGCGAUCGCCGGCUUUUACCGUGGUCCCCCCGACAUGUCCCCCUGGUGGAUCCACGGGUAAUUUAUUUUACCCGUUGUCCCACCGUUCUGAACGGUGUUUGCCAGUGGGUCUACGGGUAAU